CGCCGCAGCGCGCGUUCGGGCCCCUCGGAUCCUGGUCGUUGGGUCCCCGCCCGGGGUCCUCUGCCUUGCGCGAGGCAAGAUGUUGAGGCGCAGCUUGGAAAACCGGGACGCUCAGACCAGACAACUGCAAGAUGCUGUCACGAAUGUGGAGAAGCAUUUUGGAGAACUGUGCCAAAUCUUUGCUGCUUACGUGCGGAAAACUGCCCGACUGAGAGACAAAGCAGACCUCCUGGUGAAUGAAAUCAACGUGUAUGCCUCCACAGAGACCCCACAUUUAAAGCAAGGCCUGAAAAACUUUGCUGAUGAGUUUGCCAAACUUCAGGAUUAUCGCCAAGCAGAGGUUGAAAGACUUGAAGCCAAAGUAGUUGAACCUUUGAAAGCUUAUGGAACCAUUGUAAAAAUGAAGCGGGAUGACCUCAAAGCAACAUUAACAGCAAGGAAUCGAGAAGCUAAGCAGUUAACCCAGUUAGAAAGGACACGGCAGAGAAACCCAUCUGAUCGACACGUUAUUGUAUCCUUUGAAUUUUGGUUUUUUAAAGUAUGUUGUAAGGCAGAAACCGAAUUACAGAGAGCUACCAUGGAUGCUACUCGAACAACACGUCAUCUGGAGGAAACUAUUGACAACUUUGAAAAACAGAAAAUAAAGGACAUAAAGAAUAUAUUUUCAGAAUUUAUCACUAUUGAAAUGUUAUUUCACGGCAAAGCUUUAGAGGUCUACACUGCUGCUUACCAAAAUAUACAAAAGAUUGAUGAGGAAGAAGAUUUAGAGGUUUUCCGAAACUCUCUGUAUCCACCUGAUUAUUCCUCUCGUUUGGAUAUCGUAAGAGCAAAUUCAAAGUCACCUCUUCAGAGAUCGCUGUCAGCUAAGUGUGUAUCUGGAACAGGACAGGUAUCCACCUGUCGACUAAGAAAGGAUCAACAAGCAGAUGAUGAUGAUGAUGAAGAGUUAGACAUUACAGAAGAAGAAAAUUAAUUUUCUUAAGUACACUUCACAUUUCUACUUUUAUCUUAAAAUGACUCAGAAUCCAGGAUUACUGAACUGUAAAACUUUCUACUAGCUUGAUACAUUAAACCUCAAAAUGAAAUGCCACUGGAAGUGUAAAAAUAAAGGAAAUUUAUGCUGCCAAAAAUGGUUUUAAAAAAUACUACACAUCAGUGAUUUCACUGUCCUGCCUAGUAUUAUGUGAUCUUUUUGUGUAAGUUCCUUUUUUUUUUUUUUAAGAUUAUAUACUUAAGUGUAUUUCAUAUUAUAAUGGUAUUAUACCUGGUAGAGGUUGCUGUAAGUGGGCGACAAAAACCAAAAAAAUCUAACAAUUCUACCUGGCUUCUUUUCGGUUAAGACUCCAUGCUUUCAUCAUUACAAAACCACCUCUCCUGGUUAAAUACAAAGUAUAUGCUAAAGCCUCAUGUAAAAAAAAAGUUUCUCUUUUUAACCUUUACUAAAACCUGAAGUGUCAUCAUUUGAUCUAUAAAUUUACCUUUCAACAAUAGUGGAAUCAAACAGAAUUUUAAAAAAUGGGACACCAAGAUAUGAAUGCUUUGCAAAAAUACAUAAAGCAUGUAUUUUAGCUUUAAAAAAAAGUCACAUUCAACUUGAUUCUAGUUUUAAAACAAAGCUGCUGUCAAGCUAAAGCCUUAUAUGUGGUACAGCUUUUCGAAAGGUAGUUGUGUGGUGAGAUGUUGCCUAAGGAAAACAAUAAAUAAGCAUACUUGGAAGAUCACUAAUCAUUAAAAAUUCUCCAAAAAUUUUACUAGGCAGCCAUCUAGUUAAUGAAAGGGUGUAUAUAGUCACUUAUUCCUGAAAAUAUAAAACAAUUUAAUCAGUAUUUUGGUACGUCUGAUGCUUUUGUUUCUUAGGAUGGGAGAUAAUUUUGAUAUUUCAUAGAUUCCAGUCAGGCAUAUAAAAAUCCUGAGGUUUAUGAACUUGUUUGGGAUAACCUGAAAAAUAACAGAAAAAUAAACUUUCUAGAAAGCU